GUUCAAGCCUUAUGUUCUCUUUCUCAAUUCGCGGCAUGUAUUUCGAACUCCCGUCCACAUCCGUUUUCCAACGGCAAUCGUGCGCAGUUGCGCAUCGUGUCGAGAAAUUCUCACUUCGUCGACCAACCGGCCGCAGAAUAUCUGGCCCUUCCAGUAAGCCGACACUAGCGGCAACGCCAGGUUUCAUCGGCGAAAAGCUACGCCGGGAAGAAAAGAUACUGCGAGAAAUACGGCGGGAAGGAAAUGAUGGUGCCUUGGAAUACAAUUUGAAGUUGGCCAGCUUUUUUGAGACGAAAUCAGAUUGUCGCCAUACAACGGGGCAAAGUCGUCAUGAUGGAGUUUUUGAUACGUCCUCUACUUUUGAUACUGCUAAUCGCCCAGAUGCAGUCAGCUCAGGAUUCGUACAAAGCCGCUACUUUCGAAUACAAACCCGAAUACAUCACGGACGAUCCUGUGGAAACUAUGAGACUAAAUGCUAAAGAAUUUGAGAAGCAGAUAGAAACUGUCUCCAAAGAACAUGCAAAAAUCAUAGUAUUUCCUGAAUUGGGGCUGACUUCGAUACAUUUACCGAAUAGAUCAGCUUUGAGCAAUUGGUCUAUCGAAGUCCCGGAUCCUGAGAAAAAUUCCCUGCCAUGUAAUGAAUCCGGUAUUCACGAGGUUCUCCGUAAAAUUUCGUGUGCGGCAGAAAGGCGUAAACUUUACGUAGUGAUCAACCUGGUUGAAAAGACAGACAACUGUCUAUACUCCUCUAACGUGGUAUUCAGUUCGGAAGGGAGAAUAGUCGCAAGGUACCGGAAAUAUUAUCGUUACAACGAAUUCGGCGAAUUCAAUCGACCGAAUGAACUAAAUGCCACGGCUUUUAGUACCCCGUUCGGAACGUUUGGCGUGCUGAUUGGCGCCGAUAUUCUCUACGAAGAACCAGCUCGGACAUUAAUAGAAAAGAACAUAAGACAGUUCGUUUAUCCUUUAGCAUGGGUGACCGUACUGCCGUUUGCGACAAGUUAUCAGAUGCAGCGGGCGUGGUCCAAGACUAACGAUGUAACCGUGAUAUCUGCCCCAUACUACCCAGGCCAUGACUAUGUCGUAGGUGGUAUAUUUAUGAGUGCAGGCUACGACCCUAAAGCUGCUAGGCUCAACUCUGCCACUGUCGGUAUUGUGCCCAGAAAGGGGAGGGCAUCGAUCGAUGAAAUAAGUCAAAGUGUCACCGAACCGAUAGGAAAUGAUUGUGUCGUUCGUAACAAGGACAUCAAACUUAAGUAUGCAAACAUUAGACCGUUCACAAAUAAAAUCGAUAAUGAUACUAGUCAAUGGACAUGGGAGGGUGAUGGCAUCAAAUGCGAGUUCGAAGUUACCGCCGAUUUAUCGGCAAUAAAAACAGAAUCAUUCCAAUUCUUUGCCUACACUGGAAAGGAUGACGUCCUUGGCGAAAAGUGCUCUUCGUUCGCCACCAGUGUUUGUGCAAUCGUUAGGUGUGGCAGUAAUUCGCUCGAUAAAUGCGGCCUGGUCGGAACGUCCGGAGUCACUUUCAGUAGCAUAAAAAUAAAGGCUACCUACAACCAAAGAAUGCACGAACUGGUUUUUCAGAAUACCUUGCAGCACGGGUAUUAUGAGAUCCCGUCUACAAUGAAUUCAACGAAUUCCAUGGGGAAGAUGGUACAGACGAUGGUUCUGAGCUCGGAAGCGCAGGGAUUGGUGGUUUUUGGAAUUGUGAGGAAAUUCUUUCCUGCCACUCCGGCCGAUAAGGACGUGACGCUCCCAGCUAAUACGAGUGAUAAUCCUGACAUCUGUCCAUCGCUAGUCCCCGAUCCUGAACCUCAUUCAACACGUGAUUUAACACUCAUAUAUCUGUCUAUCAUAUUUUCCGUUGUCCUUCUUGCACUGGUUGCGAUCAAGUACCGAAGACAAAUAUUGUCGAGAAUCACCGAUUAAAUUUAACUAUCACAACUUCUCGCUCUAGAAUCUCUGAGUUUGACUGGGUCCGCGUUAUCCGUGGAUUACUUUCAUUCCAUCUCACUACUUUUAGCGCUAAGUGAUAACAAACGUGGUCCGGUGAGGAUGGGGUUACCAAAACAGACUGGUAUACGAGUUUUCUGAGUUUUGAUACAGUUUACUCGCAGUCUUUAGGAUGAAAAAAUUGAAAAAAGUGACAUUAUUGCUUGGACUAGGAAACGAGUAACGAUGAGAAAAUUGCUAUACCAGAGCGUUUUGGCCACUUCAAUAAAUCACUUGUUUCCUUGUUUUUUUUCCCCGUCUUUGUGACAGUUUAAAUUAUUCGCCCUCGACGUCACGCGCGAAAGUAGACCGUAUGUAUAGACGCGCUACAUGUGGGUGUUACGAAAGGUAAACAGCUGGAAAACUGCCCUUGCUUUGGUAACAGGUUAAUAAUCCCCGGGGCGACAUUCUGUACCCGCCGUCUUACGAUAUAAUUCUAAUGUCACUGUUCGCUUCGAGUCAUAGCCUGGGAAUUUUGUUAAGAACUUAUUCUGCGAGUUUUUAAAAAAGUUAGUUGUUGGUUGGGAUUCGAAUACCAUCACGGUAGACCAGAUGGAUGUGUCUAUUUUUAUCUAUCUACUAUUUUUAUCUAUCUGAUCUGAAAAUUAUGAUCAUUUUUCUUUCUUAUUUUUAUUAUCUCGUUUAUACUAAUAGCUAACAGCGUGUCAAAUAUGCAUUCAUCCCUGCAGUCAUUCAUUCACCCAUUCUGUACAUAAAUUAUUGACAAUAGGUGUAUGUAUAUAGUAAAAAUUGUAAACUUAAAUCGUGUAUUCCCAUCAGCGUCAUGGUAUGGAUAAACAAUCUUUGUUAAUACCGUUUAUCGUUGAAAAGUGUCGUUUUUUUUACUUGAAAUAUCUUAUACUUAUUAUCACAGCUGGAAUUAUUCAAAUGAUAAGUGUGAUAACAAGGCUUAAAUUCUAAAUAAUUAACGGGAGAAGAAGAGGUAGAUUUAAACAGAAAAUAGACGUUGGAGUGCCGGUAACAUGCAUCAAAAGUAUAUUAUGAGAUAUUUAAAACCAAUUAUAUUAUAAAGGACCGUAGUUUGUAAUGAAUAAAUAGUUCAUUAUACUACAACAGAAUAAUUACACAACUGCUCGGAAUAUUCGCAUCCGGUCACACGUACCUACUCUCUUUCCUUUCGAACUCAUACCUUUUCUGCAUCGUUCGCUGUUACUUUCGCUAAUCCACUUUUCUCUCGUUCGGUCAUCAACAAUGCGUAUAACUUGACACACACGUUACACACACAAGCAAACAUGCUUACAAACGCACACAAAUAAUUACCGUACAGUAUACACAUAAAACGACCUUUAACAAGUCUUACUUCUGGACACGUACAUUCAACACCUAAUGCUUCAACGAUGGACCGUUCGAGUGUGAGUUUACGUGAUUAAAUUGUAUUUGUUCAAUGGUGUGUCUGAGUGGUUGAAAGUAUGAGUGCUACUAUUACUAUUUCAGACACGAUAAACCAUGAAAAAAGCCCUUUAAUAUUAUCUAGCAUAAGUUGAUAUAAAAAUAUGAGCGAAUCGAGCCUAUUAACAGGAUGAAUCCGUCAACGCUUUGUGACGAUGUAUAUAUUUUGAUAGACGAAAGUAAGAACCGAAGUUCGGACGUAUCAGCGGAUCAGCAGAUCGGCAAAUUAGUAGGCCUACGAUUUUAGAAGGAGAGAGUUGUGUA